AUGACCACCUCCGCGCGCCGCCCGCCAGUGGAGAAGAAUGUGUACGGAUCAUUUGAGAAGAGGGAAAGUUUAGAUAGUUCCCCGCAAUCCGUCGUGCUGGAUCUGUCGUGCCGGAGGAAUUCGGUGGAGACUGGGCUGCACACCCCAUCGCCGCCCACAGAAUCGAUUAUGUCGACCGAGGACGCCUCGCCGAGCUCCCAUGGGCCACAAAUGGUGCACGGAAUAGCGCCGGAUUGUCGACGGCAGAUCAUCGAUGAGUUCUUCAUGGCGGUGAAGCGAAAGAGGAGCUCUUCUAUUGAGCACCAGCAGCUCUACAGAGCGCCAACAAAGGUGAGGCUCUUCAACGACACAAUGACUCCCGAUGAUGAGGAAAGCUAUCACGCACAGCCUUCGGACAUGAUUGCCCAACGUGAGCAGUCCGGCAAUGGUUACAUCAUACACAAAGCGGCAUUCCACAAAUCCAGACACUCGAGCGUGGACUCUCCCUACGAGUCUGAGCCCAUCGAGGUCUCCUUCCCGCCGUCUCUCUGUCCCGUCGACUCUGCGGCUGCCGCGACGCCGCGGGAUCGCAAGGCCGUGCGUCCCUUCAAGGCCUACCCGCGCGAUCCACUCACCAUCGCCUCCGCCGUGACGACAACGGACGCCUAUCUGGACACUCAAUCCACCGCCAAGUAUGCGGAGUUCAGGCAGCGGAUGCUGCAGCAGAUGCACGACGCCUACGGCGGCCAGAGGACGCUCUCCAACCCCAAGAUGCGGCGCUACAGCGUGAAGAAGAGCCCCGAGGACCCGCACAAGGCGCCCGACGGUGGAGUGCUGGGAAUGGUGAAGGACGAGGCUUACCUCGAGCGCCGCAUGAAGAACAACGCCGCGGCGAAGAAGUCACGAGACCGUCGGCGCAUCAAAGAGGACGAGAUUGCCAUCAGGGCGGCCUUCCUGGAGCGCGAGAACAUCGAGCUGAAGUUCGAGCUGGCGUCCACGAGGAAGCAACUGGCCAUGUACGAAAUGAGUCAGAAUCCGUGCGAAUUACCUCACUGAGAGUUAAGGCUGUUGUGAUAAAUUGCAAAUCGAAGGGGAAAAAAAUCACCUUCGGCAAAAUUUCCCAACACAAUUUUGGGGAAAAUUUGCAAUGAACGGAGGAGAAAAUGUAAUCAAAAAGAUAUGUAAUGUUUGGUGCAAAGUGGUAAUGCAACCGUUUUACCUCAGGUUUCAAGUCAAUUUUAGAGUGAAAGUUUUGUUGAAGACACAGAGAGAGAAAGAGAGAAAAUGUAUUUAAUCUUAGGUUGCGAAAGAUUUGACUUUAGAGACAGAUAAGACAGAGUGUUUCGGAUUUUUGAUAAGCCUCAGAGACAAAGACAAUAAAGAGAGCAAGAGUUUUG